UGGUGGAGUGGUGCACAGUGCGCUGUUCAGUGAGGCGGCGGCAAGGACUUGAGGAGGUUGUACGCCGCAUCCUCUCCUUGAAAGCUUGGGCAUGUAUUGUGUUUAUCAUAGAAACCGAGGCUACACAUGACCUAUAAAGGGAAACUUACGUAGAGCUAUCACCAUCACUCGAUCUUCAGGGGUGUGUGAGGAAUCUUCCAACUGCAUCAAGAGUUGGUGUCAGACAAAAUGCAGAGACUGAUAAGUCUGGCGGGUUUGGUGAUGGUGGCAGUGGCCGCCGUGGAAGGCUCCUCUGCCAGGCCUGGACUCAGUUGGUGCUCUGAGUCGACGAUUGACAACAUGAAGAUUACUAAGGACAAGAAGCCAGAACUUGGUCAGAUAGAGGUUGUGGUGAAAGAGUACAUAGAGCAGAAUGUGGUGGAGGAGGUGUUCAUAAGAAAGGAACCUCAGUGCGAAGGGAUCACAAAGCCGCAGACGACAGUCAUCGACUGGGAGAACGCGGAACUCGUGAAGCAAGAUGAUGGUAAUAUCAGUCUCUUCUGGAAACCACCUGACACGAUGCCAAUCUUUCAGGAAGUUGACAACUUUUGCAUCACCAACAAGAAUCCUCAGAAUCCGGAAGAACAGUCAACAGAACAGUUUAGAACUUUGUUUGCAAAAUUCUGCUUUCCGGAUCCUUUUUUGGAGUUGAAAGAUGAGAUGAGAUUUUGCUCAGAUAUUAGUUGUGUGCGUAAGUGUUGUCCAGAGGGAAUGUCACUGAUUUCGAGGUCCAAUUGUGGGCCUGUGGAUCCCUUGGAGGAAUGGCUGCCUGACGCCUCGAUGACUGUGCUGUACGGGCCGCCACGCCACUGUGCCGAUGUCUUGAUUUUCCGCAACUUCUCCAUUCUACCCUCAGGAAUUAUUGAUUUGGAUGGAGGAUUACAAGUGAACGUUGACAGCUACUGUGUGGAACAAAUCGGCAAUCCACCCUCCCUGGUGGCCAUGUCUUGUGCCAACCAAGUGACCUCUGAGUACUGCGAGUGGAGACACAUGGUGCUCAGGCCAGUGCUGCAGUGGAUCUCAGUCGCAUGUCUCAUCCUCGUUUUGAUUGUGUACGUCUCCGUGGCCAGGCUGCGAAGUUUGAAUGAGGGCCGCUCCAUCAUCUCGCUUGUCAUUGCACUCGGCGUCGCCUACGCAUGUCUUAACGUUGUCAAGCACACGAUAGUCCAAGGCAACACCCAGGCUUGUGAGGUGGCAGCACGGCUGGCUCACUUCGGCUUCUUGGCUUCAUAUUUCUGGAUGAAUGUCAUCAGUUUUCAUACCUUUGUCAAACUCAGGUCACCGAUAAGCGACAAGUGGGAGAAACCAUUGGUGUUCAGCCUGUACUCCCUCUAUGCCUGGGGCGUGCCGUUGGCAGUGGCGGUGGUGGGCGCAGUGCUGGACGCCGUAGAUUCUCAUGCUGUCAGGCCGCACUUUGAGAACUGCUGGUUCCAAGACACGCGAGAGAUGUUGGCCUACAUGUACAUCCCCAUGAUGGUGGUGAUCUGCAUCAACUUCUUGUUCUUCCUGGGAUGCGUGGUCUUCAUGUGUCGCAGGAGUGGGCGGGUUACCUUCAGUCCUUCCUCCAGCCAACACAGCACCUUCAGUAAACAAGACAGGAAAUGUAUCAAUAAUUACAUUAUGAUGCACCUUUCCAUUGCUGCUGCCGGUGCUCCUGAUGACGCCUGCAGCGCGUGGCUCUACGUCAGGCUCUUCAUACUCACGGGCAUCCUCUGGCAUACGGAAGUGGUGGCGUGGUACUUCUUCGAAUACUGCAGCAUACUGGAAUGGACCGCCGACAUACUCAACUCCCUGCACGGCGUCUUUGUGUUCAUCGUCACGAUCUGCUUCAGGAAGGACCUCAAGGUGUUCCAUUGUGGGCGUCCUAAACUCGUCCAGAAGGGAAGGCAGAGCGAGAUCACCACCACGGAGGCGUCAGAAAUGGCGGCGAAUCCCUUGGUAUCGUAAAUGCUGCCGACACUUCCUGGAGGCUCCACUAUUUUUUUCAUAUUUCUCUUUUGCUCCUUUACUUUCAAACUCGUGUAUGUUGUCCACUUUCUUUCUAAACGUCACUCUUGUUACUCAAUAUAAAUAACAAGGCGAGUGCAAUGGCUAUCAUUAAGGAUCCGAGAUAAAAAAAAUCAAAACAAGACUCGGUUAUUAGUAGCAAACAUAGAGUUUUGUAAUCACUACAUAUAGAUAAAUUAUCUCUUUGUCUGUAUAGUAUAGUAGUAUGUCAUCCUUUACUUUAAAUAAAAUUUAUUCCUUUCAAUGCGAUAUGAAACCAGAAAUAAUCCAUUUAAUCUUUAUACACAUCUAUAAGAAGAAGAGGGAUUAAAAAGAACAUACAUUUUUCUUUUGAAGUUUCUGCCCAGUCUAAACACUGGAAGAGGCUGUGGAACAAACAAAGAUGCCUCAGUCAUUAGCUAUUAAGGAAUGCACCAAAUAACUAUCAUCUGGUUAAUUACGUAUGGAUAUGGAUAUUUCAUACUUCUCUUUUUAAACCUACGGUAUUUCUGUAUCUAUUUGUUUAUUUUAUUCAUUCAUUACUUGUCUAGCCACGAUAAUUGAUAACAACAUGUUCUCUACGAGUAUGUAGAAAUAGCAGCAAAUGAUGUAACCGCUUUGUUAUUUAUACCGAGUCUUCGAUUCCCCCCACCAAUCUGGUACUCGAACAGUCAUUCACACACCUGCCAGUACAUCACAGCAGUGAUGCGUCACUGCUGAGUCAUGAUUCCAUUUUUUGUCACGAAGAAAGCUGCAUCCGUGGAUAUUUAAUAAUCAGGCACUGUGGUGCAUAAAUAUUGGACAUAUUACUCGUAUCUUCAAGUAUCUCUAUCGUGUCUGAUGUGAAAUGUGUCUCAAAAACAAAGACAGCGAACGUGAGAUUAUUUAUUAGUGUACAUUAGCUCCAUGUAUAGUGAGCGGUACAUCAUCUGGAAUGGCCUGAUAUAAACAGGCAGCCCACAGGGAUGACAGGAGAAAGUUGAAGAAUCCUCUGUUGUACAGUUAAUUCAUAUUGACAGUGAUCAUUAUUACUAUUAUUAUACCGAUUGAUGUCCCGGUGUCACCCUAAAGACAACAACACGCCCUCCUGGUGCUAUAUAGCUUCUAAUUCUACAAGCUCCAAGACACCCGACGUAGUCUUCCUGUAGGGCGUGGUGUGCGGCGCUUACUCCCACACUUCUUACGCCUUCACGUCUCCCUUGGAUAUUGGAUGUCUCUUGUAGCGUUUGUAGUGCUUCUUGAAAAAGCUUGACCAUGUGUGUAAGUGUAUGUGAUGAAGGAAGGGAGGGAAGCAGUGUUUGCAGGAAGGGAAGCAAGGUAUGGCGAGGUUCAAGCAGUCAGUCGCCAUAUACUGCCUUCCACAAACCCUCACACCUGGUCGAGUAGGCGGCGUUUAUAUUCUUAUGCGAUUUUUUAAUAAAGCUAAUUAUCUCAA